UAGCGCUGAGCCUCUCUAGCCUCGCUCGCCGUCCUCUCGCUGGUAGCGCCGGGGAGCGCCGAAAAGCCGGCGGCGGCCCAGGCCGCGCUGAGCGGCUGCGGGUGUGGCCUGGACCCAGGCGAUGGAGAGCUCACGCUAAAGGGUGAUCCGCCAGAGAGAGAUCGCUAAACAAAAAUCAAAAAGAGGAAAUUUGCUAAAAUCAAGAAUGAUGGAUCCAUGUUCAGUUGGAGUCCAGCUUCGUACCACAAAUGAAUGCCAUAAAACCUACUAUACUCGUCAUACAGGUUUUAAGACUUUACAAGAAUUGUCAUCAAAUGACAUGCUUUUACUUCAACUUAGAACUGGAAUGACACUUUCUGGGAACAAUACAAUUUGCUUCCAUCAUGCAAAAAUUUACAUCGACAGAUUUGAGGAUUUGCAGAAGUCAUGUUGUGACCCAUUUAACAUACACAAAAAACUAGCCAAAAAAAAUUUACAUGUAAUUGACUUAGAUGAUGCGACUUUUCUGAGUGCAAAAUUUGGAAGACAGCUUGUACCUGGUUGGAAACUUUGUCCAAAAUGUACACAGAUAAUCAAUGGAAGUGUGGAUAUUGAUUCUGAAGACCGGCAGAGAAGAAAACCUGAUUCAGAUGGAAGAACUGCUAAAGCUUUGAGAUCAUUACAAUUUGCAAACCCAGGAAAGCAAACUGAAUUUGCUCCAGAAACUGGUAAAAGAGAAAAAAGAAGGCUUACAAAAAAUACAACUGCUGGUUCAGACAGACAAGUGAUCCCGGCGAAGAGUAAGGUGUAUGAUGGCCAGGGUCUCCUGAUUUUCAGUGGAAUGGACCUCUGUGACUGCCUCGAUGAAGACUGCUUAGGAUGUUUCUAUGCUUGUCCUGCCUGUGGUUCUACCAAAUGUGGCGCCGAAUGCCGCUGUGAUCGCAAGUGGCUAUAUGAGCAAAUUGAAAUUGAAGGAGGAGAAAUAAUUCAUAACAAACAUGCUGGAUAAUUUGUGGCAUCAAAUUAUGGGAUCUUUAAAGGUCCUUUCUCUAUUUCUAAAAUUCUGUCAUUCUAAGGUACAUUUUAAAGUUGAUUGCCAAAUGACAAGCGUGCACUCAGUGUGCAUGAACGUUGCUUUUCAGGUGCUUUAAGAUAAAUUAUUUGAUGUAAAUUUAGAGACUAUUUAUUACUCAGCAGUCAGCUUCAAGCCUGUCUGGGUCAACGUAAACUAGUCGUGUAUAGGCACUCCUGGAUUUGCACAGUUCCCAGGUACACAAAUUUCAAUGACAAUGCUUUAGUUAUAUAAACCAGUUCCCUAACAGCA